GCCUCAGAGGAGACUGGCAGAGAGAAGAGGCAGAAGACAGAGACCCAUCAGCCUGAUCUGUCUCCCUACCUACGGCUACCAACAUCUGCUGAACUAUGAGCCAAACCAGAGACUUACAGGGAGGAAAAGCUUUUGGACUGCUGAAGGCACAACAGGAAGAGAGACUGGAUGAGAUCAACAAGCAAUUCCUGGAUGAUCCCAAGUACAGCACUGACGAGGAUCUGCUCUCCAAACUGGAAGACUUCAAGAAGAAAUACAUGGAGUUUGAUCUGAACGGAAAUGGAGAUAUCGAUAUCAUGUCCUUGAAGCGAAUGCUGGAGAAACUUGGAGUCCCCAAGACCCAUCUAGAGCUAAAGAAGUUAAUUAGAGAGGUGUCUGGUGGCUCUGGAGAGACGUUCAACUACCCUGACUUUCUCAGAAUGAUGUUGGGCAAGAGAUCCGCCAUCCUAAAAAUGAUCCUGAUGUAUGAAGAGAAAGCCAGAGAACAGGAAAAGCCAACUGGUCUCCCAGCCAAGAAAGCUAUCUCUGAGUUGCCCUAAUUGGUGUGGGGGUGUGUCUUUGCACCGUGUGAAUUGAAGGGAUUUCUAAUGAUCCCAACAUGAAAAAAGAAGACAAAUUGUGAGCCAAAGUUAACCUAAAUUAAAUGAAUUGUCCUCCCU